AUGAGCAGCCCUCGCGAAGCUACUAACACCUCGUCGUUGAACCGUGGCGCCUCCUCUACGCAGAUCCAAGGCCCCUCCUUCGACGGCCUGCUGGCGUCCGCGGCUUUGCGUUCGGGCGUAAUGGACCCCUCCGCGGGUCGCGACCGUGCGCAGGAGAGUACGGCGGAUACCGCGCGGAUUGACGGGCCCCAGGCUCAGGUGCCUGCUGCACCUCGUCCCCAUGUGUCCGCACGCCCAUCAACGUCUGAGCCCGUGCGGCGCUUGGAGCGCGGGCUGUCCCUUCCUCAUCGUCAGGGGGGUGCGCGACCGACCUCUCCUGAGUAUUCUUGGGUGCCGGCCCGCGUUGCGUCGAAUUGUCCAGCUGGCCUGCCGCCUCAUGAGCGUGGACGAUCGCCGCAGCGCCAGCCCCCGCAGCAGCAUACUCCUCGGCGUCGCUCCCUGGAUAAACGCGAGCCUCACCGCCACGGGGCUGGCGAUCAGCUGUCUCCCGCGAGCCCCCACUCUCCUCGCCACCGAUCCCCCCGAGGUCGGGCAGCCCAGCUCUCACUGCGAGCGCGAUCCCCCACGCAGCGCUCUUCGCGUCGAUCUCCGGCGAGGCGGGGGAGGGGGUCACCUGGGCGUCGCUGGGAUUCUGGGCGCGGCGAGCAGUCCCCUCCGCGUCCGCACUCUGCUGGCUCUGGUGGCCGACGGGGUCGGCGGAAUGGAGCAGGUCGAGGCGGGAGCGGUCGCGGGCAGGAUGCUGCAGUCGAUCAGGCCGUGAACGCGUUUGCAGCGGCGGUGCGCCAGGCGCGGGCGGGUGGGGAGCCGACUCAUGUCCACAUCGCAGUAACCAACGGGCCUCCUCACGCCCAGGCCCCUGACCUCGCGGCUCCUCUGCGCGCGCCGACAUUGGGCGUGUAUCUGCCUGCGCGGGAGGGAAGGGCGCUGUUCCGCACCCCUCCACAGGUCCUUGGCUUCCCUGCGCAGCACUUCUCGGUCGGCCGAGCCCCGAGCCGGGUGGCGGUGUAUCCGCGCAAAGCUCCGAUUGUACCUCCCCCCACUCUCGCGGGGAGAGACCCCAUGCUGACCAUGUGCCGGGUGUUGAGUCUUGCGAAGGCGUGCGAGGUGGUGGCGAGUCUGCAGAUGGCGGUGUGUGGGGCCAUGCGGAACUCUCCGAGCAGUUUUGCUCCAGGUCCCCGAGGAUCGUGCGUGUCUUGGGCAGAAGCUCUCGCUCCGAUUUUGGCACCCUUGUCGGAAGCGCCCUUAGCGCGUACCUUCCCCCGCCACGUGGCGGAUCUUGUUGAGGCAGCCCGUGACGGAGCACCGGCGCACAGGCUUCAGUCGUCCGCGCAGCUCCUUCUCGCGGUAUCGGCGUGCAUGCGUUCGAUGCUUGAGGUGGAAGGGGCGGAGCCGUACACGAUGUAG